UACAAUAUUUGCUGUUUCUAAAAGCCCUGUUUCACACCAGGUUCACUUUUUUGACAUCGAUAUACCAGGAAAGAUACAGAAGUAUACUGUUGUUGAUUCGGAUGUUGGACGAAUCGGUGUUGGUAUUUGCUAGAUGGCAAUGACUUACGCAGCACGAGGCGUAUAUAUGAUCUGCUAUCCGGGAGCUUUCAACAUGACUACGGGACCAGUGCAUUGGGAACUCCUCCAGAAAGCCAGGCAAGAGCUCAGUGUGAGGAGCCACUGCCGGGCGCUCCAAGCUCUUGACUCCGGACGGCACGAAACAAGUGAAGCACGGAGACAGGAAAGCUAGGUGGGGAUUUCCUUCCGUUAGUUUGAAGGAAAAGGUGGCAAAGGAAUUCGCAAGGCCUCGAGUUUGGAACAGCGGGCCCCGCUGCAGCAGAAAACGGGAAAGAUGGCGGAGGAGACACCAGGCAGAGGCGCAGAGAUGACAAACAAGGAACAAAACGCCAAGAAUCACAGCAAAACCAGCACCACUAGCAGCACCAGAAGGCCGCCCUGGUGCCUGCACAGCGUCAAGAGCAACCUCCACCACCAGCAUGGAACGCUGUCCGAUGACGAAGUGACAUUGGCAGGACCCACAACCAACGAAGAGGAGACCAGAGGAGUGGCGAUGCUGGUGGAUACCAGAGAUGAGAACGCCGAAUUGACGGAGCUGAACAACCGGGAACUCACGGUGUUGCAGUGCUCGGCUGCGGUUAUCAUCGGUGUUCUUUGUGACGGUGUCAAGGGAUUGCAAGGCUGCUUGGAAGGCAGAAAAGCGGGCUAUUCGUGGUGGACGCUCUUCAAAUAUUUUGUCGUUGCUGCUGGGCUCGUAUUUUGUUUGCGUAUCGUCAUCUACAUGCUGAAGAGGACGCCGGAGCUGAGUGAUCGCACCAGUUUUACCCUCGUUGUGGAUGCUGCGUUCAAGGAUACUGUCAACUUGAAGCAACUCUUCCAAGUCGCUGCUGCUGCUGUUCUAUGGAGCCAAGCUACAGGCCUUUGAUUGGAGACGUGGUGAACUCUCUGGUCCCGCUGGUCCCUUGUGAACGCUCUGAUCGCGCUGGUGGUGCUUUGAGGGCGAUUGAUCCGGCAGGAGCCACUGCGGCACAACAGAGCGUGUGAAACACAGGAUGCAUGCGUACAAUUUUGUAGAGACAGAUUCAAAUAACGAAUAUCCUGAAAUAAAUUCAGGGUAGGGCUUCCGUCUUUA